GCAACUGGGGCAUAGUUACCGAGAUAUGGGUAAAAUCUGAAAAAGUGUACCGUUUUUCCAAGAUGGCGGCCCAAGCGCAACAGAUUUUGACAGGGAGGGACUUUUAGUUAGUACGUUCAAUAUAGAAAGUCCCAAUAAACAUGUAGGUAUACCAAAAUUGAUAUUAUUUACCGAUUAUGUUUUUAUUUGUCCACAAUGGCGCUAAUUUGACUGGACUAAAUAGUUAACAGUAAAACUGGGCAUGUACUAGCAAAGACUAUCCUCCUCCAGUACUAGUUACUGUCAAAUUUGGUUCACUCAAGAAAAAAUUGAAACUGAUUACGCAAGUCUUGCCCAUGUGGUAAGAUAUUAGUUUCAUCCAUCACGUGUGUAUUUAAAUAGAAUCUGUGAAAAAAAAAGUGAUAACAGAUAACCGUGACCUACCGAUAAAUGUUGCAAACGCGAACACGACAAAAUAAAUUAAAACCUCUAAGGACACAUUUUCAUUCAUUAAACAUAGUUAACAGUAGCGAAAAUGGAGGAUGUGCUGGUUACUGCCAAAUGUGGUACACUCAAGGGAAAAACUGAAAUUGAUUACGCGAACAGAACUUAUUAUAGUUUUCGUGGCAUCCCUUAUGCAAAACCCCCACUGGGCCAUCUUAGAUUUAAGGCACCUCUUCCUCCAGAUCCUUGGGAUGGCGUAUGGGACGCAACAAAUCACGGUGAAGUUUGCUGCUUUAAACCACGGGGAAACGAUUCCGUUGUUGGUUCAGAAAAUUGCCUUUUUCUUAAUGUUUACACUCGAAACUUAGGGCGCCUCGCUCCGGUUAUGUGCUGGAUUCACGGAGGUGGCUUUACUUUUGGUUCUGGAAAUUCGGACUGGCAUGGACCGGAUUAUUUAAUCAGCGAGAAUGUCGUACUCGUAACUUUGAACUAUAGACUUGGCCUACUAGGAUUCCUCAAUUUUGAAGAUCCUGCACUCGAUGUACCCGGAAACGCGGGUUUAAAAGAUCAAGUUAUGGCACUAAGGUGGAUUCGCGACAAUAUUAGGAGUUUCGGCGGAGAUCCCAAUAAUGUGACUAUAUUUGGUCAUAGUUCCGGAGGUGCGAGCGUUCACUAUUUAAUAUUAUCAUCACUUGCAAAGGGUUUAUUUCAUAAAGCAAUUCUACAAAGCGGAAACGCAGUGAGCUGUUGGGGUACGGGACAACGAUCACUGUGUAACUUGCAAACCGCUAUGAACAUGAAAGCAAGCGAAGAAACACUUCUACAACUUUUACAAAAAAUGUCUCUUGUAGAAUUAAUGCAAUUGCAAGCCAACAUUCCAAUUAAAUACGAACAAUCCUCUUACCAAACGUUUGGACCAGUUGUCGAAAAAUUUUCAUCUCAGUCUUCAUUUCUACUGGAAGAACCUCUAACAAUAUUGCGAUCCGGUGUGUACAACCAUGUGCCAAUUAUGACUGGAUACACGUCUCGAGAGGCAUUAAAUAUGGAUUUUCUCAACAAAAGGGUAGACGUUUCCGAUAAGAAAAUAACUGAUUUUGAGUUGGAAAUACCAAUAACUAUAAAGGUUAUAAACGGCUCGAAAAUUUCGAAACACAUUGCGGAGAAAAUUAAAUUACACUACUUCGGGAAAUGCCCUGAAGAAAAUCUAAAUCAAUACUAUUUCUUAAAAACAGACACCAUACAGACAUGGCCAACACACUGCACCGUACGACAUCAUGCGAACACUGCUAAAGAACCUAUAUAUUUUUAUAGAAUAUCAUUAGAUGCUAAUCUUAACGUCUUUAAGAAGUUACUUAAAAUAAAUAGACCAGGUACUUGCCAUGGAGAUGAAUUAGGUUAUUUGUUUAAAAAUUCUAAACUACCUGUUCCGUCGCCUCAUUCUCCCGAAAUGAAGGCUAUCAAACGUUUUACCAAAUUGUGGACAAACUUUGCCAGAACAGGGAAUCCAAAUCCAACGGAGGCAGAUCCUCUCAUUAACGUUCAUUGGAAACCUGUCGUCAAAGAUAAAUUUCAUUACCUGGAUAUUGGAGAGAACUUGACUGUAGGUGUCAAUCCGGAAAGAGAUAGAGUAGCAUUUUGGGAUGAAUUGGAAUCGUUAAGCUUGCCGAAUUCUAAAUUGUAAUCUUACAUCACACUAGCGAUGUAUGUAGUGUAAGUAACAAAGUUGUUUCGCAAACAAAGAAAAUCAGGUUCUUAUUCAGUAAUAUAUUUGAUUGACU